AGUUGACACAGCAAGACUACACUGGUUAUAUCACAAACACUUUCCAAAAACUUUACGUUCUUCUAAUCAUUAGCUGACAAAAAGAGAGAAAUUAAUUAACUACCUUUAAUAUUACAGAAUUCACGUCUGUAACCGACGGUAGCCAGCAUUUGUUAAAUUGCCGGGAAAAAAGCAUACAUAGUAAAAUCACAGUCAUGGGUAUCAAGUUCUUUUUAUUAGUAAGUCGUCAAGGAAAGGUUCGUUUGGCAAAAUGGUUUUAUGCUUUACCAACGAAGGAGAGGUCAAAAAUCGUCCGUGAUGUUUCGUCUUUAGUAAUCGUUCGCAAGCCUAAGAUGUGCAAUUUCGUAGAGUAUAAGGGAGAAAAAAUCGUUUAUAGACGAUAUGCAUCUUUAUUUUUUAUUUGCGGAAUCGAUCAGGAUGACAAUGAAUUGAUCAUUUUAGAAGUUAUACAUAAAUUUGUUGAGAUUCUUGAUAAAUACUUUGGCAACGUUUGCGAGUUGGAUCUAAUUUUUAAUUUUGAAAAGGCUUAUUAUGUCUUAGAAGAGCUGUUACUAGCUGGUGAACUUCAGGAAUCUAGCAAAACCAACGUUUUAUCUGCUGUAUUAGCCGGUGACGCUGAAUCAGAGGUGGACGCACAGCAGGAUACCAUACAAAAACUUGUUGGAAAUGUUAAAAAGUUUUAAUGAAGGAAAAGACUUUUAAUAACCUAUCAGGUUUUGAAAUAAGUCCCGUAAUUACUCGUAUCUUCUUUCGCUACGAUUGCCAUAUACGUAUCCCAGGUUCGAGUAUGUCAAUGAUUUGUUUAUUAGUUCUUCUAUUAUUACUUUUUUAUUUUUAAAGUUUCAGGAAUAUGAAUUCCUAAAACAUGGCUGUAUGUCUUCCUCAUCACAUAUACGAAGAUUUGACUUUUAUAUACCCUUUAUUUUAUUUUUAAUGCUGAAACACAUUCAACCCUUCCUUUGAUGAGUUGCAUACACACACUUUCAAAUAGAACAAAUAUACACUAUUAAUUAUUUUAUUUCAUAA